AUGUCGCGAUUAGCCCGCUCUGCCAUUGUGAUAGCAUCUUCCCGUAGUGCUAUUCUUCCUCAUAUUCCGCCUCCCCCGACAGCAUCAGCAUCUGACCCAUAUGCCGGGGACAACAAUGUUCGUCGGUUGAUGGCAGAACUGACCGCCUUAUACAUGCUCGCUUGGGGCCGAGUGUGUGGACUUAUGAUUUACCCGGAAACUACACCGACCCGGGACAAGGAACUGUGCUCGCUAUCGGUAAGCGCGGGCUCACCUCCCUUGGACUCCCCAAUGAUGGUCGCGCUCGUAUUUACGUCGAGGACCAGCAAUAUGUUCCGCGGCCGCCGUCCUGAUAUGGUAUGCUGGAAUUGUCUUCCUAUCAUGGUCUACAACGCCGGCCAUCACGAUACGACCGCAAGGGCAAUCUCUCACAUUUCAAGUCUAGAUAGCAGAAAAAUGUUAGCCGUCAGGGUGCGAAGGAGGCCAGCACCCGCCGCCGUGUGCAAGGAGAGUGUGGGGAGAGGGGAGGCGAAAUAUAUACAUCUGUUGUCCUGGCGAAUCCAUCGUAACAGUAAUACUAAUACCCAAUAA